UCCAUAAGAUUGCGGCAGUACUUCUAAAGUCAGUAGCGGCCGGUACGUCGACAGGUGCUAACAAAAUGUUUUGGUGUCAGUGGACUUACGUAGUGUGCCUUUUUACCCUUUUUGGAAUUAACGCACCCUUCGCUCAGGAUACAGAUGUGCAGGAUGGAUGUCGAUUUCCUGGUGCGCCCGCACAUUCUAACGUAAUCUUUUCGGACGAAACUUUGGGACCUGGAACGGUGGCUACGUAUACGUGCGAACGAGGAUUCGAGCUUUUAGGGCCGUCCAGGCGCGUAUGCGAGCAUGGACAGUGGUUACCUGAAGGAAUACCAUUUUGCGUGCUAAAUGUGGCGGCCGGAAAAGCACCGAUGCAAGUCAGUACGGAAAACGGCGGAAUACCGCAGAAGGCGAUCGAUGGCAGCACGAGCGCGUUCUUCAGCUCGGAUACCUGCACCCUUACCAAACCAGAAACUACACCGUGGUGGUACGUCAACCUACUGGAACCGUACAUGGUGCAGCUUGUCAGAUUGGACUUUGGGAAACACUGUUGCGGUCCUAAUAAACCUGCAACAAUAGUCGUGAGGGUAGGCAAUAACCGACCGGAUUUGGGCACGAAUCCUCUGUGUAAUCGGUUCACGGGUUUCCUCGAGGAGGGCCAGCCCCUGUUUCUUCCGUGCAAUCCUCCGAUGCCGGGUGCCUUCGUCAGCGUUCAUCUCGAAGCACCGGCGCCCACCCAGUUGUCGAUAUGCGAGGCUUUCGUGUAUACCGACCAAGCUUUGCCAAUUGAACGGUGUCCUCAGUUUCGCGAUCAACCGCCAGGAAGUACGGCGACUUACAACGGAAAGUGCUACAUAUUCUACAACCGACAGCCGCUGAAAUUCAGAGAGGCUCUAAGCUUCUGCAAGAGUCGAGGAGGUACGCUGGUCGAUGAGAGUAACCCAGCGCUGCAGGGUUUCAUCAGUUGGGAGCUGUGGAGGAGACAUAGGAGCGACGUCAGCGGGCAAUAUUGGAUGGGAGCGUUACGAGAUCAGCAGUCUGCUGGUUGGAAGUGGCUAAGCGGGGAAGAAGUUACUGUCUCAUUUUGGAAUUUGCCUGUUGGCAACGGAGAGUGCGCACGUUACGAUGGGACCAAAGGGUGGCUUUGGUCUGAUACCGACUGUGGCAUGCACCUUAAUUACAUCUGCCAGCAUCAACCCAACGCUUGCGGGCGUCCCGAACAACCACCUAACUCGACUAUGAUUGCGCAAAACUUUAACGUCGGUACUAGCGUUGAGUACGCCUGCGACGAAGGACAUCUCUUGGUAGGCCCUUCCAAUAGAAUUUGUUUAGAAACUGGGUUUUACAACGAAUUCCCUCCCGUUUGCAAACGCAUUUCAUGCGGAUAUCCGGCGGAUAUUGCAAAUGGUGAAUACGUCUUGGUGAACGACAGCAUUGGAUAUUUGAGUAGGGUGGUCUACACGUGCGAGGAAGGUUUUGAAAUGGUUGGACGGGCACAACUCGCUUGCGAUAUUGAUGAAAGAUGGAACGGCCCACCACCACGUUGCGAAGCAAUACAGUGCGAGAACCCUGUUGGAAUUUUGAACGGAGUUGUGACUGCGAAUGAUAAUGAAACUGUUUUCGGAACCGUCAUCGAAUAUGCGUGUAAUACUGGAUUUAAACUUAGCGGCCCUCGGAAAAUAACCUGCAUGGCUAAUGGGCAAUAUGAUCACUUACCACCUACGUGUUUAGAAGACGCAACAACCCCAGCGUUAGUAACUGCUCCAGUAACCAACAGUAGUACUCAGUCCACCACGACGAAGAUAAGGACGAAACCCUCAAAGUCGCACCUUCCAACUACAAUAAGAGCGAUUCCUGAACGAGUCAAAAAGGUUACCACCGAGAAAACGACGACAACUACAACCAAAAUCCCCAAGACACCUCAAAUAAUCAUAGCCGGGCAUCCUCAGGACAACGAAAUUGCCAGUAGCAGUGUUAAUGUGCAACAGAGCAAUACUCCUACAGUUAAUGUACCGCUUUCAGUCGAUGGAGAAAGACGCGAAGCCUUUGGAGCAAGGCUAAACUUGGGAGCUAUCAUUGCGCUUGGAGCUUUCGGAGGUUUCAUCUUCCUGGCAGCCAUUGUUACAACCGUGGUGAUACUAGUACGAAGAAAUCGAAGUGCCAAACAUUACCGCCAUCGUGCGUCGCCCGAUUGCAAUACAGUAGCGUCAUUCGACUCGUCCAGCUCCGAAUCGCGGAACGGACUAAAUCGAUAUUACCGCCAGGCGUGGGAGAAUCUUCACGAAUCCGCCGGUAGCAAGUCCGGCCUGAAGAACGCGAACGCCGACAAUCAAUCGCCGACUAGACGAAAAGAGACGCUGGACGAACCAUACCGAAACGGCGAGCGUCACCGCGACGGUUCCGAAUUGGUCGUAAACGACUCAUCCGCAUUCAACAGUCCACCUAAGUCAUCAGGCGAGAAGAAGAGACACCAUCACCACCAUCACCACCACGACAUUCGACAACAUAAGGAAGGACGGGACUGGCGAGACUCCAGACCCCCAUCUCACAGGGAGCACAAGCGAUAUUGACAACCUUGGAUGAUAGUCACCCUAGAAGUCGAAGAAUAGCUUCUCUUUUUUGGACACACGAAGACGCAAUUUUACAAUAUUAUUUAUACUAAAUUUAAGCGUGUAAAUAGUUUUAGGUGGUCACGACUGGAUGUAAAGAAUAAUUAGUGAAUUCCUUGGCCUUGCCUUGCUGUGCAAAAUGGGUUAGACGUUUCUAGAAACAAAAGAUUACAAAGGAGAGGCUAAUGAAAUUCACACAGAACUGAUAUGUGAUUAGAAUUUUAAGAGUCUAUUUAAAUGUUACUUAUACCAAACAAUUACUUUAAAGAUAAUGAUAAUUCGUUCGAUAGAGUAGAUAAGGUAGAAACUUAGUGCCAUUCAAUCAGGCAUCAUUUUACUUUUAUUUAAGUUGCACUGUCCUUCGGCAUGGUGUAAUUAUUGUUAAAAAAUGUAAGUAAAGUAUUGAUAAGGAUGUAACGUUAUAA